AUGCGCCUUGCAGGUGGGAUUGGCCUUCUGCUCGCUGUUGUGCUGGUCGCGGCGCAGAAUGCGCCGUCCAGUACCAGCAGCAGCAUGGUAUCUACCAGUGCGAGUGGUGAUAGCUCGUCUGGCAGUGCUAGCGGUAGUAGCUCAGCUACCAGUGCUUCGUCGUCAUCUGGCAGUGCAGCGCCAAGCUCCAGCGCCUCCAAUGCGACUUCGUCAGGCAAUUCGACCUCGUCCAGCGCGAACGCUACAAGCGCGACGUCCGUCUCUAUCACAGCCACUGCGUCCAACAUUGUAAGCGGUAGUUUGGCAGGCACAGCCCCAGCUCCAGGCCCAAAUCAACCUGGCAAAGUGGGUCCUGAUGAUACGCACUUUGUCAGUGCAGCGCUGCAUACAUCGCCUAUGUGGGGUCCUAUGGUGGUAUCUACACUGUUCUUGUGGAUGUGGGUCAUGUGA